AUGGCCUAUCCACCACCUCAACAAGUGUGGGAGGAGGAUUCAAUAACCUAUCCACCACCUCAACAAGUCUGGGAGGAUGAUUCAAUAGCCCAUCCCCUACCUCAACAAGUGUGGGAGGAGGGUUCAAUAGCCCAUCCCCCACCUCUACAAGUGUGGGAGGAGGAUUCAAUGGCCUAUCCACCACCUCAACAAGUGUGGAAGGAGGAUUCAAUAGCUUAUCCACCACCUCAACAAGUGAGGAAGGAUGAUUCAAUAGCCCAUCCACCACCUCAACAAUUGUGGGAGGAGGAUUCAAUAGGCCAUCCCCCACCUCAACAAGUGUGGGAGGAGGAUUCAAUAGCCCAUCCCCCACCUCAACAAGUGUGGGAGGAGGAUUCAAUAGCCCAUCCUCCACCUCUACAAGUGUGGGAGGAGGAUUCAAUAGCCCAUCCCCCACCUCUACAAGUGUGGGAGGAGGAUUCAAUAGCCCAUCCUCCACCUCAACAAGUGUGGGAGGAGGAUUCAAUAGCACAUCCACCACCUCAACAAGUGUGGGAGGAUUCAAUAGCCCAUCCCCCACUUCAACAAGUGUGGGAGGAGGAUUCAAUAGCCCAUCCCCCACCUCAAUAA